GGGCGCUAAUGUCACAGAUUUCUCACACUAUAAACACGCUCAAUCUCUUCACCCUCUGCACGAGAUAUAGCUACUUGCAUAAUGCCGCGGCACCGCUACAGGCCGUGACAACCGAUCACAUUGGACAGACUGGAAAAAAACAUUUGGUGCUGUUUUGUUUUUGACACUGUCUGCGUAGCUGGAACCGAACUCCUAUAUCAAAACAUGGAGCUGCCUUAGCAGCGUUGACCAACAAUGCUAACGUUACAGCGCAGCUAGCGUACCAGGUUUUCAGAUGAAGAGGAAUUGAGUAUCGUUGUCUUGAAACUUUUUGUCUCGACACUUUUAUUUGUUGCAUAACCUUAGCUGGCAGCUUCGAGUUUGUCGCGGAUGUCAAUACGACCAGGAGCAAAUCUUUAGCUAAUGUAAACACCUCGCUGUCUCUUUAGCUUGUCAGUUAGCAGCUGUUGUUAUUGUUGGUUAUUGCUGGAAGGGGAACAGUUAAGCUAGCCAUCUUACGAGUAAUUGUUGCUGAAUGGGGUGGAGUUGUCGCAAAGGCUAGAAUAACGUUAGGUAUCAGUUACAUUUUAGGAAGACCGUGUCAGACAAAAUGGUGUUAAGGAGUUGCUGGAAGUCUCGACAUAAAAACAGCUCUGGACCUGCUCCUUGUUGGACCCGACCACGAUUGGCAGCCCUGCUCUGGCUAUGUGUGACCCAGUUUGUUUGCGGCAGUGGGGCGGAGGGGGAAACCAACAAUGUGAUCCAGAAAGAUGCAGAGUUUGAUGUCACCUAUAAUGAUACAGUUACAAGUGAAAACCAGACCAUCUAUGCUUUCAAUCACACUGUCUCCAGGAAUAAGACGGAGGGAGUGCGUGUGUUUGUGGAUGUGUUAUCACAGGGUUUUGAGAGUCCCAUCCUGUUUGUGGUACGACAGAAGCAAGCUGUGGUGUCUUUUCAAGUCCCUCUCAUUUUAAGAGGCCUCUACCAGAGGAAGUACCCUUACAGUCAUGUGGGCCGGACAUUGUGCCAGCCCCCAACCAGGGCCGCCUCUGAGACCCAGUACUUUUUUGUGGACGUGUCUACCCUGUCCAGCCUGGGUACAAACUACCAGCUCAGGGUCAGCCGUGUUGAAAGCUUCACCCUGCAGACAGACAAGAAAUUCAGCUUCACCGCAUCACCAUCCCAACCUCAGUACUUCAAGUAUGUCUUUCCUGAUGGGGUGGACACUGUGAUCGUCAAGGUCAACUCAGAAAUGACCUUUCCCUGCUCUGUUAUGUCCAUCCAGGACAUCCAGUGUCCUGUCUAUGAUCUUGACAACAAUGUGGCCUUCAUUGGGAUGUACCAGACUAUGACCAAAAAAGGCGCAAUCACUGUGCAGAGAAAAGAUUUUCCCAGCAACAGUUUCUAUGUGGUGGUAGUGGUAAAAACAGAGGACGAGGCGUGCGGCGGUCCGCUGCGCUUCUACCCUCUCCGUCCUGAUGAGCUGAUCGACGCCGGCAACCGCAGCAAGUUCAUUGAUGUGAUUGUCACCCCUGCUAUCAACUCGGAGGUGUAUGUGAUGGGCAUGCUGUUCUGUCUGGGUAUCUUCCUCUCCUUCUAUCUGCUCACCUUGCUCAUGACCUGUCUGGAGAACAAGCGAAUGAAGAAGAGAGAGGUGUUUCAGAUUGCUGCUGACAUGUCGCCUGCUGAGACAGCCUCUCUGCUUGGGAAGAAUGGAGAUGGCAAAACUCAAGCCUCGCCAUAUGAAUAUGGUUCCUUUGCUGACAACGGCAGCACACUCAGUUCAGAGGCCAUCACUGACAGCGCCACAUCAACUGACAACAACUAUGGAUACGUGGGGCGGGAGCCUUUCAAACGUCGCCCAAUCCUCAAUCACCUUCACCACAUAGCCAUCCGCAUUGAGCAAUCGUUGGACAGUGUUGGACGAAGCAGGCAGGAGUCUCUGAGCUCUGUGGAGGAGGAUGACUAUGACACGCUGGACGACAUCACCUCAGACAAAAACAUCGUCCGCACCAAGAAAUUUCUAUGUGUGUCUGACCUGUCCCGCAAAGACAAGAGGAUUCUCAGCAAGAAAUACCAAAUCUACUUCUGGAACAUUGCUACUAUUGCUGUGUUCUAUGCGCUGCCAGUUGUCCAGCUGGUCAUCACCUACCAGACGGUGGUCAAUGUUACAGGAAAUCAGGACAUCUGCUUCUACAACUUCCUGUGUGCCCACCCUCUGGGAGCUCUAAGUGCGUUCAACAACAUCCUGAGUAACCUCGGUUACGUGCUGCUGGGACUCCUCUUCCUCCUUAUCGUCCUCAAAAGAGAUAUCGUCCACAAUCGAGCCCUGGUCCGCAAUGAUCUCAACGCGCUGGAAUGUGGUAUCCCAAAGCACUUUGGUCUAUAUUAUGCCAUGGGAACUGCUCUAAUGAUGGAGGGCUUGCUCAGUGCCUGCUACCAUGUCUGUCCAAACUACACCAACUUCCAGUUUGACACCUCCUUCAUGUACAUGAUUGCUGGACUGUGUAUGUUGAAGUUGUAUCAGAAGAGACACCCGGACAUCAACGCAAGUGCUUACACUGCCUACGCCUGCCUGGCUGGGGUCAUCUUCUUUUCUGUGCUGGGAGUGGUAUUUGGGAAAGGAAACACAGUCUUCUGGAUCAUUUUCUCGGUGAUCCACAUUUUGUCCACUAUGCUCCUCAGCACACAGCUCUACUACAUGGGCCGAUGGAGGCUGGACGCCGGGAUCCUGCGCAGGAUUGUGUAUGUCAUCUACACAGAUUGCAUCAGGCAGUGCAGUGGACCUAUGUACAUUGACCGUAUGGUUCUGCUCGUAAUGGGGAACAUAGUCAACUGGUCUCUAGCUGCCUAUGGCCUCAUAGAGAGACCCAAUGACUUUGCCUCCUACCUUUUGGCCAUCGCCAUCUGCAACCUGCUGCUCUACUUUGCCUUUUAUAUCAUUAUGAAGUUGCGGAGCGGUGAGAGAAUCCAGUGUCUGGCGUUGGUGUGUAUUCUGUUCACAGCCGUGGUGUGGGGCUUUGCACUGUAUUUCUUCUUCCAGGGUCUCAGCACCUGGCAGAAAACUCCAGCAGAGUCUCGAGAGCACAACAGGGACUGUAUCCUGCUUUCAUUCUUUGAUGACCAUGACAUUUGGCACUUCCUCUCCUCCAUCGCCAUGUUUGGAUCCUUCCUGGUCCUCCUGACCAUGGAUGACGACCUCGACACCGUCCAGAGAGACAAGAUAUUGGCCUUCUAGAUAUGUCAGAUCUUCUGUGAUGAGCUCAGCUCUUCUUCUCUGCCUUAUCGCCCUCGUCUCUCUCCAUUUGCAUCUCCUUCGUGUUCUAAAAAAAAAGCACAGCCAGUAGCCUGUCACAGGCUGUACAGUAGGCACCUCUCUGCCUGCCACAGCCAGUCAGCCAGUCAGGGAAGGGCAGCAGCCCCUCCCUCCAUCUGUAUGGACACAAAUGUGCCAGUGAAGAGCCUGGGUCGACGUUGAGUGAUGCUGAAGUGUUUUGUCCUCUCGCUGCCAUCAUCAAUAUAACUGUUGUAAUCAAUGUUUACUUCCUGCUGACGAUGAAGAUAACAAUGUACACUCUUGCUAUCUAAGAAAAUAUCCAAAUUAACUUAUUUUAUACUGUCCGCAUUACAUUUGACCGCAAAGUCAACAAUGCAUUUUGCAAAUUACUGUUUCUAUGCUGUGUAUGUUUGUACAGGUAUGCGUGUGUUUACAAACAUAAAUGUGAGAAUAUGAAUUCUGUCCAGUCUGUCAGUGGCCUUUAAUGUUCUAAUCAUGUUACAUACUGUGCUCUGAUUGGUCAGACCCUCGAGCUAGCCGUCCUUCUUGUGGAGAAUAUUAUUAAUAAUAAUACUAAUAAUAAUAAUGAUUGUAUUUACUUCUUGACUGCCCUAAAGUCUGAACGCAAUGGUAUUUUUUGCACUGUACUGAAUGAAAAGAAACGAUUUUAAUGUCAAACAUUGCAAUGAGCGGUUACUGAAUAAAGGUCUCAUUUUCAGAUA